CCAGAAUGGAGCAUCAGUUUCAGUGGAGUCAAGCUUCCAGCAGCAAUACGACACAGAGUUCCUUUAAUCAGUUCAUCAUGCGCUACGCCCUACUCGUUGUCUUCCUGUGCGGACUCCUCUUCGCCUUUGUCUCCGCCGGAGGCGGGGGUGGUGGUCAAGGAGGUUGGCAGAAGAGCGGUGGCGGCGGCGGUGGCCAAGGAGGCUGGCAGCAAGGAGGCGGCGGUGGUGGCCAAGGAGGCUGGCAGCAAGGAGGCGGCGGCAGGGCCCAAGGGGGCUGGCAGCAAGGAGGCGGCGGUGGUGGCCAGGGAGGCUGGCAAAAGAGCGGUGGAGGUGGUGGCAAACACGGCGGUGGUAGUGGCCAGGGAGGCGGCAAGCAUGGCGGCGGCGGCUGGUAAUAGAUAUCCAACCCAAUGCUACACAUCCAAACGAGUCCACGAUCACCCUCCAGCGAUUAACCCGGCCAAGAUAUGGACACCCAACAAACCCUUCUCACAACUUUACUUCUGAUUUCUCCUGUUUCUAACUGUAUUAAUAAAGAAAGCUCUGCUUAUCAUUGUAAAAGCUAAA